GGCUUUCAAAUGAUUGGACCCCGUGACAAACCCGGAAGUGGUUGAAGGUCUUUUGCAAUGGUUGUAGUUUACCUAACUGCGUGAGGCCCACGGCUGAAGUGAAAAUGGGGGUCAAAAUAGAGGUUUUUAGGGUAAGCAAAUGCAUCGCUAUCUCUUAACAUGUUACCUUUAAGUCCCAUUUUCUUUACACUGUUAAAGAAAUCAGAAUUUUUAUGAUUGAUCGAGCUGGUCACGAAGCUAAAGGACAGCUUCCCACUUUCACUCACUAACUUGUCCUAUGUUUUUGUUGUACAGAUGAUGCUGUAUCUCUCUUUUCCCGUGGCCAUGUUCUGGAUCUCAAACCAGGCAGAGUAUUUUGAAGAGUACAUAGUAAAGAGAAAGGUUAGUAAAGCUGCUUUUCUGAGUCAUUGUCGUCAGAGUAAUACUUGGCUGUUCCCUCAAUGACAAGUGUCUCUUUUGUUUGUACUUUAAUCAUCUUUUACGACAACCAGAGAGAGAUCUUCCCCCCUGACGAAGCAAUGCAUGUGAGUAUGAUAUUAAUUGAUCACAUGUUUUAAUCCUCCUACAAUUCAUUGUAGUAAUGUCAAAAAUAUUCAAUGCUGUAGCCAAGACCUAUAUAGUUCAACUGUUAAUAUAAGGUUCCUAGAGGGUCAUUGAUUUCUUUCUGUGGUCCUGCCCCUGUGGUUUAAAUCUUAAUGUGGGGUAUACCCAUUGAGCUUGUAUCUGUGUAUAAAUUUCUGGGUUUUCUUGUUGAUCCCAAGCUUUCUUUCAAAGCACAUAUUACUAGCUUGGUGACUAGUGUCUAUCACUGUGCGCUGAGAUUUAUUACUGUUUGUAGUCACCUAACGCAUCAUUGCGAACUUUGUGCCACAUCUGGCUGGCCUUCUCUGAGUACUCGCAGGUACACUCACUGGAUGACUCUAAUUGAUAAGGUUCCUCUUGGCUUAGCUCCUUCUUAUUUAUGUGAUCUUCUUCAAAGGUUUGAAAGCCACUACACCCUGCGCUCAAACAACAUGGUCCAUUUCAUUGUUCCACAAAUCAGAACUGAACUGGGCAAAAAAGCGUUCAGUUUUGCUAAAACUUCAGCAUGAAAUUCUCUCCAGACUGACCUAAAAUUGUCCGAAUUAAUUUUGCUGGAGGCAUUUUGUUCAAUUUUACAUGACAGACUUUGGGAGACCAUGGAAUAGUACUUGUGUUUUUUAUUAUAUUUCUGGAGGUCAUUUUCUUCUUCUUUAUUGUUAUUUAUUAUUGUGGUGUGUUCUGCCGACAUCUUGGCCAGGUCACUCUUGUAAAUGAGAUCUCGAUCUCGACGGGUUCUUACCUGGUUAAAUAAAGGUUAAAUAAAUUUUAAAUAAUAAUAAUGGUGAUCUUUAAAGAUCAGUUUGUUGGAAUUUUUUAUGAAUAGCCGGUAAUCCUAUAUUGUUCCCCACUUUCAUUAAUUCAUUAGUGACAUCAAGGUGAAUGUUGUCAAAGUGAUAGGUUUGUGCCUACAUUUAAUUGUAGCACUUUAAUGGGAAAUUAUGUCUGCUGAGAAGUGCCACUGAAAGCAACUCACUUGAUAACAACUAUUGCACUUUCAUUUUCAGAGGAAAGAGUUGGAGGACUUCAAAGAGCGGAUGCGUGCUCGUAAGGAGCAAAGAAUGUUAAAAGAGAUGUCUUUGGAAUCCAAGAGCUGAGGACUAUCUGGUGAAGAAAAGCACGGGUUCUUACUGGAUUCAAUGAAGGACCAUCUGGCAAUGUCUUAUUUGGCUGAAGAAAUUACACUGGAUCAGGAGAACUGUACAUUUGAAAUCAACCAAAAUUUCACACAUCCCAAAGGUGCACCGUGUCUUUGCCAGGGAUCUCUUUUUCUUUUUAGUGUGUUUUGUUAUUUAAAUGAAUGGUCUUGCAAAGAAUUUUCUACUUUUUUAUUUGCUUGAAUGCCUCAUCAUUUGAGCUGCUGUCAUUACUGUUAUGUUUGUUUUUUCUGAUCUGGAAAACUAAGUUAACAUUUUGCAUUUAUCUUGAUAAAUUCUAGUACGCUAGGUGUAUUGCCUUAGAGUUUAAUCACAGCCCUAGGGUCUUUCCUUGUUAAGAGUUUUGUAACAUUGUGACAAAAUGGUCAUUAUGACGCAAAGUUUCAUGCAUCAUCCUCAUCAAAUGAACAAGUAAGAAAAUAAAUAAGAGACUUUUGAAGCUGCUGAA